GGUCAUGUGGUCGCAGCAUUGCCUGGGCUGCUGGAUACUGGAUCCUUCCUGGUACUGGUGUUGCAAGCCCUCUCGCUGCUCUAUCUCCCGCCGGCCCAAUGGAGGAGGAGGAGGAGGAAGCACGGGGGCUUCUGACAAGCGGCCCAGACCAGGCCAGUAGAGAUGCCCCCGAGGUCCCCGACCCCCCAGGGACGCUACCGGCUCUCUGCGACCCCCGUCGCCUGGCGCACCGGCUUUUGGUGCUGUCGCUGAUGUGCUUCCUCGGCUUUGGUAGCUAUUUUUGCUAUGAUAAUCCUGCUGCCCUUCAGACUCAGGUUAAACGGGAUAUGCAGGUGAAUACCACGAAAUUCAUGCUGCUGUAUGCCUGGUAUUCCUGGCCCAAUGUAGUUUUGUGUUUCUUUGGCGGCUUUUUGAUAGACCGCGUAUUUGGAAUACGAUGGGGCACCAUUAUUUUUAGCUGCUUUGUUUGCAUUGGACAGGUUAUUUUUGCUCUUGGUGGAAUAUUUAAUGCUUUUUGGCUGAUGGAAUUUGGCAGGUUUGUGUUUGGGAUCGGUGGGGAGUCCUUAGCCGUUGCCCAGAACACAUAUGCCGUGAAUUGGUUUAAAGGCAAAGAACUAAACCUGGUGUUUGGACUCCAGCUCAGCAUGGCUAGAAUUGGAAGCACAGUAAACAUGAACCUCAUGGGCUGGCUGUACUCCGCAGUGGAAGCUUGGCUGGGCUCUGCUGGUCACACGACCCUUGGAGUCACACUUAUGAUUGGGGGUAUAACAUGUGUUAUUUCACUAAUUUGUGCCUUGGCUCUUGCUUACUUCGAUCAGAGAGCAGAAAGAAUUCUUCAUAAAGAAGAAGGAAAAACAGGGGAGGUUAUUAAGAUCACCGAUGUGAAGGACUUCUCCUUACCCCUGUGGCUCAUCUUCAUCAUCUGCGUCUGCUAUUAUGUUGCCGUGUUCCCUUUCAUUGGACUUGGGAAAGUUUUCUUCAUGGAGAAAUUUGGAUUUUCUUCCCAGGCAGCAAGUGCUAUUAACAGUGUUGUGUAUGUCAUAUCAGCUCCCAUGUCCCCGAUAUUUGGGCUCCUGGUGGAUAAGACAGGGAAGAACAUCAUCUGGGUUCUGUGUGCAGUGGUGACCACUCUUGCUUCCCACAUGCUGCUGGCAUUUACGCUGUGGAACCCUUGGAUCGCCAUGAGUCUCUUGGGACUCUCCUAUUCACUGCUUGCCUGCGCACUGUGGCCAAUGGUGGCGUUCGUAGUUCCUGAACAUCAGCUGGGAACUGCGUAUGGCUUCAUGCAGUCCAUUCAGAAUCUUGGGCUGGCGGUGGUUUCCAUCAUUGCUGGCAUGAUACUGGAUACUCGGGGAUAUUUGUUUUUAGAAGUUUUCUUCAUUGCCUGUGUUUCUUUGUCACUUUUAGCUGUGGUCUUACUCUAUGUGGUGAAUCGUGCCCGAGAUGGGAACCUAAAUUACUCUGCAAAACAAAGGGAAGAAAUAAAACUUUCCCAUGCUGAAUGAGAAGUUUAAAUGACUGUGCCAUGAGAAUGGGCUGCACACACCAUUGAUUUGAAAGCCUCCAUUUAAACCUUUUUAUUUAGAGUUUAGUCAUUAGGGAAAAUGAUGGUCUGAAAAGUUAUUUAUAUUUUAAGGAUACCUAUUUCAAAGUAUAUUUGUGAGGACUGUUCUAUACUGUUUUGUGUGUUGUGUGUUGCUGAAGAAUUUUACUUUAGAAUAGGCUAAUCAGCAGUCAAGUGUAGAAAGUUGCUCUGGAACAUGCAGGUGAAUUUCAGUAAGGACAGUAAAUAAUGGAAAUUGUUGGUUCUUGUAGUGUAGAGAUCAUUUUUAUCCUGUAUAUCUAAGGGAAAUGGCCUUAAUUUUAAAACAAGAAUUUUUUAGAAGCUUUUGAGGGAUAGAAGGGAUGUUUUAUAUAAAGUACGGGAUUUUCAUAGGCAUUCCCUUUUGUAAUAGGGAAUAUUGGAAAGAUUUAUGAAAUCUCUUCCUUUUCACAAAUAGCAGAUUCUGUCCUGCUCUUUUUAAUGAUGAAAGUCUGCUGAGCGGUGACCCUUUUGAACUUCCUUAUCCCUCUGUUACUGAGCACUUUUAUUAUACUUAUGGAUACAAAUUUGUGGUACACGCUUUCUGUACAGUUUUUUUUAUAGUCCAAUUAAUUACCAAAAAUGUCCUUUAAAUUAUGAUAAUUGCACAGACAUGGAUAAGUAAAAACACUGUAAAAGGAACACACGAUGUCUUCUAACUUUUGAUUUUCAAAAAAAUCUUGAAACACUGAUUUUAACUUUUUAUGUAGAAGAUUAUAAGAAAGUCUGUGUUGGAAUAAAGAAAAUUUACCUAAUUACACUCAUUGAAAGAUUAUAGGGAUCAGCUUUCUCUCCAACAUAGGCCCUUAAAAUAGCAUUUAUGUUUUUCACAUUAAAUGAAAUACGGUUAUAUUUCUCUGACGGACUUAAAACACUUUUUAAUUGACUUAGUCUUAGCAUAUUAAAGUCAUGAAAUUUUUCAUUAUGUUUUGCUAUUUAUGGGCACAAAGAUAUUUUAGACAACAACUACUAAACCAAUAAAAUUACCUGUUCAUAUUACUGAAAGUACAUGAUAUAACAUUGUAUGUCUAAAAUUUCUGGAACAGAUUGAAAGUACAUUCCUUUUCAGAGUAAGUGUACUUACAUCCAUUUUUCUGGUUUACUGUUUAUGUCGUUACUCAGUUGUUAGUUCUUUAGGUUGUGAAUGGCACGGGACUGUUCUAGCCCGUGGCUAGUGGAUAUCGGCCUCCCCGCUGGGAGAGUGCCGGGAGUCAGCUGCUGCUGGAGGGCUGCUGUGCUCUGGCCGCCCCUUCUUCUCUCCACUCCCUUGGUGCCCCAGCCGCAGGGAGCUGCUUACGUUCUUUUCAAAUGAGUCAGGUCCCAUCCCUUGUCAGGGGCUCUGUCCAAACUCCUUUUGCUUAGAAUAUUUUACCCGGGAUUCUCUGUGACCUGGUUUCACCUGAUUUCCAGUAAGCAAUCUUAGUCCCAGCUCAGAACCACUAUUCCUGUGGAAAUGAAUUCCUGUGACCUUUGAGAAAGCCUCUGCUUUCCCUUCUUAGCUUACCUCAGCCUGUGAUGCAGAACUUGUGAUGGUGUGGCUGUCUGUCUCUUCCCUUAGGUUGUAAGCUCCUUGAGGGCAAGAACUGUGUCUGUUACGUUAAUGAUUGUGUUAAUAGUGCCUAGCACAAAAUAAAUAUUUUUUUUGAAUGGUGCAUAAAUAAAAA